CUUUGUUUGGAUUUGACUCCUCCACGCAACCCCCUGGGAACGUGAGAAUCAUUGAAGUGCAAAUCCAUUACAACCCGCUGCUCUCUGUCCGGAACCUAUCACCGAAAUCUUUGGGCCGUCGAAGGGUUGCCAAGCGAGGAGUUUCUGAAGGCAUCAGAGAUGCCCCGAGAUAAAGCGGUCUUGAUGAGAACUGUGCAGGACCAUUUCGCCAACUUCCCCAACCACCCGUCACCAGGCUUCGUUCACUCCGUGAACCGCAGUGACCACCAGCUGCGGAUCGACCCGCGCGACCGGUGACUGGUCAGGUCGAUUGAUCGUCACAGCAUCGAUGUCUGCGGGUUAUCAUCAAGGACUCAAGGACUUGCAGCUGGAACAAGGCUACUCAGCUCACCAUGCAUACAGCCUCAGCAAGCUUUGCGAUGUCAUGAUGGUGAAAGAGAUGGACCGUCGCUAUGGUUCCCCACCACAGCUCUGCAUCCACACGUUGGAUCCUGACCCCACGUCGUCCUGGAUUGAUACCAAGAUGUUGAGAGCCGGCUGGUCCAGUGGCGGGCAUCCUGUAAGCCGGGCGACCGCUUCGUUCACCAUGCUCACGGAUGAGAAAUAUGGCAAAAGCAGUGGCAUUUGCUGGGGUGUGGGAGGGGGCGCCUCGGCCGGCGAGUGCGAGAAGCUCUGGGAGGAUCUGGUGCAGCUGACGGGGGCGGAGUGGCCAUAAGGGGAUCUGGAUGUGCCGAGUGCGGAAAACGGAAGGCUUCUGGAAAAGCGCUGGCUAGCUCAAAAAUGGCUGGGGGCUUCUACCUCCUUCUCGAAGGAGUUUUGGAGUGACUUUCACGGUUUCUCACGAUUUUCGGAAGAUGCUAUGGGAGCUGUUUGGUGGGGGGGGUGCCCCCAGUGAUUCACUGGCCAAAGAAAACCAGA